AUGCAGCUUCCUCGACUGCCUUCAGCUGUGCCGCGCUAUGUGCUAAAUACUGGUAUCGCUAUCUUCGUGUUGUCGCUGGUGCUGUGGUCCAUCAAUGCCUUGAAUAUCACCAACAUCGACACUCUGCGUGGCAAGCUGACCCAGCCUCUGCCUCUGGAACAGAGUCAUGAACAAGACGGAAAUAACAAAGACGAAUUGUUUCAACCGCCGCCCCCGCCGCAAUCAACACCGCCGCCAAUACCCUCGCCAGCACCGUCGCCAACACCCAAGCCAAACGCAAAGCUUGACGCAACAACCGACCGUCGCUGCAACGCCGUCCCCAACGCUCCAGAUGUUGCUAUCAUCGUAAAGACGGGCGCCAACGUGCUCUACGACAAAAUCCCCUUCCAACUCCUCUCCGCUUGGCGUUGCGCUCAAGAUCCGCUUAUCUUUUCUGACCUUGCCACGACACUCGGCUCAUACCAAGUCUAUGAUGUCCUGGACAAUGUCACCGAAUCCGUCAAGAAUAGUCCAGACUUUGACUACUACCGCAAAUUGCAGGACUACAAGAAGUCCGGCCAAGAUGUACGAGAACUCCGCAACGAAGGAGAAGCCGGGUGGAAGUUGGACAAAUACAAAUUCAUCCCCAUGUUGAAAAAGACGUGGACGAUGCGACCGAACCAUGACUGGUACGUCUUCCUCGAGGGAGACACCUAUGCCUUUUGGACAAAUAUAUUGUUAUGGUUGCAACAACUCGAUCCGAACGGACUUCACUACUUAGGCGAGCAAACCUAUGUCAACAAUGAGGGUUUUGCUCACGGUGGAAGUGGAUUCAUCAUAUCCAGAGGCGCCAUGGCUAGGGUUCUCGAUAAUGAUCCCGAUAUCACCGGCCGUUACGACAUAAUCGCCCAAAAUGAGUAUUAUGGCGAUUACGUCUUGAUGAAAGCACUGAAAGAGAAGGGGGUCGAAUUGGGUCUCUACAAACCCAUGUUGCAAGGAGAACCGCCCAGCACCUUGCGCUACGGUCCUGGACGCUACGAAGGAGAAAGAUAUUGGUGUCAACCUCUUAUGACGCUUCAUCAUGUCACGCCUCUCGAUGUGGACGCCGUUUGGCAGUUUGAACAGCAGCGAGAAGACUUGUCGCAACCCAUUUUGUUUGCUGACAUGUAUCAACAUUUCAUGGCUGACCGCCUCCCCGAGGGUAGUGAUACUCUCAACGACUGGUACAAUUACUCGGACGAUGUACAUAUCCGAGCCCCUGAUGAAGAGGAGGACAAACCAAUUCCCCCGGAGGACAUGACACCGACCCAAGAAGAAGCCUAUCAGUCUCCCGAACACUGUGCCGCUGCUUGCGCCGAGUUUCCUCGGUGUAUGCAAUAUGCAUACGAAUUUAUGGAAAAGAAAUGCUCGUACUCGUUUUCAUAUCGCUUCGGUGAGAAGCGUCACCGCAAAUCGGACGGCACAAGAUAUAAAUCUGGCUGGAUCAGGUCGAAAAUUGAUAGUGAUAUAGCGGAGAACCCUUGCCCAUCUCCAGUGUGGAAAGGGUUCAACACUUGA